AUGGAGUACAUCUGGCUGCUCAUGCUUGUCGAGAAGGUCGUGGGAUGGAGUACAUCUGGCUGCUCAUGCUGGUCGAGAAGGUCGUGGGAUGGAGUACAUCUGGCUGCUCAUGCUGGUCGAGAAGGUCGUGGGAUGGAGUACAUCUGGCUGCUCAUGCUGGUCGAGAAGGUCGUGGGAUGGAGUACAUCUGGCUGCUCAUGCUGGUCGAGAAGGUCGUGGGAUGGAGUACAUCUGGCUGCUCAUGCUGGUCGAGAAGGUCGUGGGAUGGAGUACAUCUGGCUGCUCAUGCUGGUCGAGAAGGUCGUGGGAUGGAGUACAUCUGGCUGCUCAUGCUGGUCGAGAAGGUCGUGGGAUGGAGUACAUCUGGCUGCUCAUGCUGGUCGAGAAGGUCGUGGGAUGGAGUACAUCUGGCUGCUCAUGCUGGUCGAGAAGGUCGUGGGAUGGAGUACAUCUGGCUGCUCAUGCUGGUCGAGAAGGUCGUGGGAUGGAGUACAUCUGGCUGCUCAUGCUGGUCGAGAAGGUCGUGGGAUGGAGUACAUCUGGCUGCUCAUGCUGGUCGAGAAGGUCGUGGGAUGGAGUACAUCUGGCUGCUCAUGCUGGUCGAGAAGGUCGUGGGAUGGAGUACAUCUGGCUGCUCAUGCUGGUCGAGAAGGUCGUGGGAUGGAGUACAUCUGGCUGCUCAUGCUGGUCGAGAAGGUCGUGGGAUGGAGUACAUCUGGCUGCUCAUGCUGGUCAAGAAGGUCGUGGGAUGGAGUACAUCUGGCUGCUCAUGCUGGUCGAGAAGGUCGUGGGAUGGAGUACAUCUGGCUGCUCAUGCUGGUCGAGGUCGUGGGGUGGAGUACAUCUGGCUGCUCAUGCUGGUCGAGGUCGUGGGGUGGAGUACAUCUGGCUGCUCAUGCUGGUCGAGGUCGUGGGGUGGAGUACAUCUGGCUGCUCAUGCUGGUCCAGAAGGUCGUGGGAUGGAGUACAUCUGGUUGCUCAUGCUGGUCGAGGUCGUGGGGUGGAGUACCUCUGGCCGCUCAUGGUGCUUGA